AUGUGUUUUGGAAGCUGUGCUAGAUGUGUUGGUUAUAAGCUGCUCAUCCUUGCCCUCUUCUGCAUCGUGGCCAACACUUUACUUUAUUUUCCCAAUGGAGAAACAAGAUUUGCUUCAGAGCAUCACCUCAGCAAAUACGUGGAGUGCCUUCAUGGCAUUCUGGGUGGAGGCUUUCUGGUGCUCAUCCCAGCUGCGGUGUUCAUCGGGCUCCACAGUGACGGCGGCUGCGGGUGCUUCGGCCGCGAGGGCGGAGGGAAGAGCUGUGCCGUGCUGUCCGCGGCUCUGGCAGCCUUGGUCGGGAUGCUUGGCUCGGGAUACUGUAUAAUCAUUUCAGCCCUGGGCUUGUCUCAAGGACCAUACUGUUUUACCCACCUAGAGAGAAACUGGAUGUAUCCUUUCACUGACUCCUCUGGAGGGUACUUGUUUGAGUAUAACAAGUGGUCUGAAUGUCAGGAACCUCAAAACAUCGUGCAGUGGAACGUCACCCUCUUUUCCAUCCUCCUUGUUUUGGGAGGAAUAGAGUUCAUUCUGUGCUUCAUACAGAUAAUCAAUGGCCUUCUUGGAGGGCUGUGUGGGCUGUGCUGCAGUCAUGAGGAGGUAAGUAAUUUGCAGAUAUACCCAUGCUUCUCAGAUGAACAUGAAACUUGUUACUUACACUACCAAGCAGUUUUACUCAGCACUUACUUUAUUGGUAUUCUUAAGCAAAAAUUCAUACAUACGUUUGCUAGAACGUGA